UUCUACUAUUGAAAUGAUUCUUUCGUUAUUUAAGCUACGAUCAUGAUUUAUAUUCAAUUAAAACGUUAGCAAACGUUCUGUAAUGUGAAGUUCCUACUCAGCCUGUGGCAUUCGUAAACAAUUUGAAUAACAACUCUGACUUUCUACUUGAUUAGCACUGAACAUGCCGCAAAAUGACAUGCUGAACAUCAAACCAUAACAAAAUUGCAGAAACUGUUCAACAUGACACACCCUAUACUGUAUGACGGGCGCAUAUUUUUUGCGGUCGGUGCGUGUAAUUCUGCGUCCCGUGCUGAAAAAACAUUUUUUUAUAUUAAUAACAACUAAUAAAUUUCUACAAAAUUUGCAGAAAUUAUUACACAAAACUGGCACUAUGUCGGGACAUAUCAAGGUUUUAUGAGAAAACACUCAGAAAAGUGUAUUAAAAAAAUUCACUGAAAAAAGCCUUUCGAUUCCAUACAACGUACGACGACAACGGCCAGCAAGAACAACACACACAACUCGAGCGAGCUAUUUUUAUAUAAGUUUUUCUUUUUGUUUAAACAAAUCAUGUCAUCUGCUCCAUCUACGAGUAGUGGAGAAGUUAAAUAUGUCACCGAAGUGCCUAGCAGCUUAAAACAAUUGGCUCGACUUGUAGUGCGUGGUUUUUAUAGUAUAGAAGACGCUUUAAUAAUUGAUAUGCUCGUACGUAAUCCAUGUAUGAAAGAAGAUGAUAUUGCUGAAUUAUUGCGAUUUGAGAAGAAACAAAUGCGAGCUCGAAUUUCCACUUUGCGUAGUGAUAAAUUUAUACAAAUACGUUUGAAAAUGGAGACAGGUCCAGAUGGCAAAGCCCAAAAAGUUAAUUACUACUUCAUAAACUAUAAAACAUUCGUAAAUGUUGUCAAAUACAAAUUGGAUUUGAUGCGUAAACGUAUGGAGACCGAAGAACGAGAUGCAACAAGUAGAGCCAGCUUUAAAUGCACGAAUUGUAAUAAAACUUUUACCGAUUUAGAAGCAGAUCAAUUAUUUGACUUCGAUACUCACGAAUUUCGCUGCACUUAUUGCGGUAGUUCUGUAGAAGAAGAUAGUUCAGCUAUGCCAAAGAAAGAUUCACGCCUUAUGCUGGCACGUUUCAAUGAACAGUUACAGCCUCUUUAUGAUUUACUCAGAGAGGUAGAAGGUAUUAAGCUAGCACCCGAAAUUUUGGAGCCUGAGCCAGUUGACAUAGAUACUAUUAGAGGGGUAUGCAAACCGCCUAACCACCGUUUGGAUGGACAGCAAUGGUCCGGAGAGGCAACACGCAAUCAGGGUUUUGCUGUUGAGGAAACUCGUGUAGAUAUUAAUAUAGGAGGCGAUGAUGUAAAUGAUGCAAUAGAUGAACGCAAAUCUAGACCAAUUUGGAUGACAGAAAGCACUUUGACUACGGAGGAUAUCAUUGAUAAUGCCGAUGCUAUACUCAAUGAAGCAGCUCAAAAUUCCACAUUAUCGUGUGCUUCGAGUACUACAACGUCCACGCAACCCAACAAUCGUAGAAGGGAACAAGAAGAUAUUAUGGCUGUACUUUUGCAGCAUGAGAAACAAGCAGAACAUAAAGAUAAUCAUGUACGAAGUUUGAAAUCUUUCUCAUCCAAUGCCAAUUCUACUGAUUCCAGCGAUGAUGAAAACGAUAUAGAAAAUGCUAAAAUAUCCAAAGCCGAUUUUAAUAAUUUCAUUAAUUCUGAAUCUGAGGAAGAUGACGAUGUUCCUACUGUAUUAAUAGCCGGUCAUCCUUAUCCAUUAGAUCAGGUCAACGAUGAACUCAUUGCUCAAAUGACACAACAGGAAAAAGAAAAUUACAUACAUGUAUAUCAACAGCAUUACAGUCAUAUAUACGAUUGAGAAACGAAUUAAGAUCGUCAUCAGCCAUCCUUU